AUGAAUCAAGUGAAACUUUUUUCUUUAAAGCUGAAUGAUGGAUACUUCAUGCCUUUGCUGGGAUUGGGCACCUCUGCUCCUAAGGUUGUUAAGAGUGAGGUAGAAAAAGCUGUCAUGAGAGCAAUUGAUGUUGGCUACCGCCAUACUGACUCAGCAUAUAUUUACCAAAAUGAAGAAGAAAUUGGGAGGGCCAUCCAGAUGAAGCUUGCAGAUGGUACCGUGAAGAGGGGUGAUUUAUUUCUCACUACAAAGCUGUGGAACACUUUUUUCCAUCCAGAAUUGGUCCAAACCUGCCUGGAAAGCUCGCUGAGAAAACUUCAACUGAGCUACAUGGAUCUUUAUCUUAUUCAUUCCCCAACAGCUCUGAAGCCUGGGGAGGACCCAAUCCCAGAGGACACCCAUGGAAACAUCACUUUUGACACAGUGGAUAUCUGUAUCACGUGGGAGGCCCUGGAGAAGUGUAAGGACGCAGGGCUGACCAAGUCCAGGCAUAAGCAGCUGGAAAAGAUCCUGAACAAGCCGGGACUCAAGUACAAGCCCGUUUGCAACCAGGUGGAAUGUCAUCCUUACCUCAACCAGAGCAAACUACUAGAGUUCUGCAAGUCCAAGGACAUUCUCCUCGUUGCCUAUGCUCCCUUGGGGUUUGACUUAAGGAAGAAAUGGGUGAAAAAGGAAAAUCUGGUUCUCCUGCAGGAUCCAGUACUCAAUGCCAUUGCUGAAAAGCACUGGCGAACUCCAGCCCAGGUAGCCCUGCGCUACCAGCUACAGCGGGGUGUGGUGGCUCUGGCCAAGAGCUUCAGUGAGAAGAGGAUCAAGGAGAACUUCCAGGUUUUUGAAUCCCAGCUGACCCCGGAGGAUAUGGAGUGUCUGCAUGGCCUAAAUAGAAACAUACGCUAUUUUGACUAUGGCGAGUUUGCUCAUCAUCCAGAUUAUCCAUUUCACGAGGAAUGUUAA